AUGUUUUUACUUCAUUGGAUAGCCAAGAGUAUGCAACAAGAAAGUAGAGGGUGGAAUGGUUUUCGUGACAUCAAAUGCUUCAACCUAGCACUUCUUGCAAAAACACCUUGGAGAUUGUGUCAUUCUACAAAACAAUUAUGGGGUUCAGCCCUUAAGGAGAGCUAUUUUCCGACUACUUCAGCUUCACAUGUGAAAGAAGGAAAAAAAUCAUCAUGGGCAUGGCAGAGUAUACAAGGAAAGAUAAGUUUUGUUCAAAAAUUCAGUUUCUCGAUCCUAGGUAGCGGGAAGAACAUCUUAAUAUGGCAAGAUAAUUGGGUUACUGGAAUGCAAUCCCCACCAAAGCCAGCAGGGGACUUUCAGAGAUUUUCUAUUGCAGAGCGUUAG